GCCCCUCAUGAAGAGGGCAUCGGCCCUGUGCAGGACCCAUGCAGUGCUCAAAAGGCAUUGCUGGAAGAUGUGGUGAUCGGGUGGCUCACUGCUCAUGAACACCGGAUUCCAGCGAUCCGUGAAUCCAAGUUGGACUACAACUGGCGCUUCCUGGUCGAGUACUAUGCCACCUUUGUACCGUUGGGGAAGACUCCACAUCAAUCGGUGUUCAAGGCCGUGUUUGCUCUAUGCGCUCAACGCUAUGGCUUCUUUCCUCCGGGCACGACAAAGAAGACCAUUAAGGCCGAGUACGUGUUGAGGAAGAAGUCAGUGGCCAUCAUCAAGAGGGUGAUCAGUUCGGCACUUGCAGAAGUUCGGGAAGGCGAUCAGCUGCAACUGAUGGACGAUGACGAGGAACUGUUUCCCUGUCCUGACCAAGCAGAGACUUUGCCGAUGGAUGAAGUGUACGAGCUUCCAAUGGUGAUGAAGGAGCACCCAGAUGACCCACAGCCUGGCGACCGAAGGCAGGUCAACCAGGCACAAGUGGAUGCUAUGUGUGUUGACGAUCAAAAGGAUGAUGAAGACCACAUGAAAGCACAGCAGAAAGUCCGAGAUGCAAUCCGCAAAAGGACAAGGGGAAAGCAGCCAGAACCUGCAGCCCCUGAACAGAAGCCAAAGGCAAAGGCAAAGGCAAAGGCAGAUGGGAGAAAGAAAAAGGCACCAGCAGCAGAGGCAGAAGGAGGUGGGAAAGACAAUGAGAAAAGCGGUGAAAAGAAUGGUGAUGGAGAGAAGGUUGAUGGGGAGAAGGUUGAUGGAGAGAAGGUUGAUGGAGAGAAUGAUGAUGGGGAUAGAGAUGGAGAAAAUGGUGGUGGAGAGAAGGUUGAUGCAGAGAGUGAUGGAGGGAAUGGCGAUGGAAAGAAAGGUGAUAAGAAAGGUGAUGGAGAGAACGUGAAUGCAUCACCCAACAAGCGGCCAACCAAAAGGCAGCGAAAGCCAGCAAACACUGCUGUGGACUGGGUUGAGAAGGAGAAAGAACUUCGAGCUGCAGGGGUACCAAUUCCAGCGGACUACAAGGGAGACAAGAAGUCCUACACGCUGCCUGGAGACUCCGACAAAGGCCAAUGCGCUGUUGGCGUGCUGUGGACUACUGGGUCCUUCUACAUCUAUGGUGUGCCUGGUGACCGGAAGCUUCCUGAGGGCCUCACCCUUAAUGGGUCGAUGGGCUGCACCAUCAGUAUCAAGAAGCGGGGUGGCCUGCCACAAGCAUGGGCAUUGGCAAAGGUUGUUGCCAAACGGUCCUAG